AUGUUUGACCGAAAAGACGAAAUCGUAAUAUCGGGCAUUGCAGGAAUGUUUCCGGAAUGCGACAACGCGGAAGAGUUGAGCGAAUUGUUGUUUAACAAAACCAAUGGGAUUACCAUCGAUUCGAGAAGAUGGACACCGUGUAUAAAAAAAAAAAAAAAAAAAUUUCUAUUUCAUAAUAAAAUUUUAAUAUGUAAUCGCUUAGUUCAAUUGUUCUUUUUUAUAGCAUUGAUGGGCGCGAUAUGCGGUACCGGAAAGAUGAAAAAUAUAAACGCAUUCGACGCCACGUUCUUCGGCGUUAAUAACAUACUCGCCGACGUGAUGGAUCCAAUGACCAGGAUACUGACCGAGAGGGCGGUGGAAGCGGUCGUGGAUGCGGGUUUGAGCCUGUCAGACGUAUCCGGAACUAAUGUCGGAGUGUUCAUGGGAUCGGCGAUCGGCGAAACAGAAAUAUACAUGUUAAACACCACGUCCAAGAAAAGCGACCCGUACACGUUGUUGGGACAGAGUAGAACGAUGCAAGCGAAUCGAAUAUCGAGCAUGCUUAAUUUAACAGGUACCGCCGGCAAUAGUUUGUUUACCGUUUAACGUGUACAAACAUAUUUUUGAUUCGUGUAAAAUUUAAAUAUCAAACUACCCCCACCCCCCCCGAUUUAAAUGAAGGUCCGAGCUUCGCGAUGGACGGAGGAUGGCUUUGCGGUGCGAAUGGUUUACACAAAGCGAAACAAAUGAUCGAUGACGGUCACAUAUCCGCGGCGAUCAUCGGAACCAUAAAUUUAGUUAUGAGUCCCGAAUUGCAAUUUCAAUCGCAAGGACUGAACAGAUUGAACAAGAGUAAUCAAACUAAACCGUUCAGUUCUAACGGUGAGUACGUGCGAUGGCAACACGGUUUUUCAUUAGCCAAAAAUUACAUUUACAUUUUAUCGGCACUUGUCCGUUAUACAAUUUAAAUAAUAAUAAUAAUCAACAACAUAUAAAUAAAUAAAUCGUUCAGUUUUCUCUAGAAAAUAAAAUAAUACAAUAAAAAUUUAAUUUUCAAACGGCUAUUUCCUUUUUAUACUUAUAGAUUCAAACAAACGUUCUGUCGUUAUUCCAUCGUACAAUAUUAUUGAUAUCCGUCGCUAAAUAACGAAAACGACUAAACUCUACACACGAAACGCGCAUUGCGUAUGAUUUGUGUAUUAAAAAGUGUCCUUCGAUAGGAGCCCGCCAUAUUGAUUCCGACGGUGAUUUACUCUAUGAAAAACACGGAGAAUAAACGAAAUAAUUUGCGAUUAUAUUAGAUAAUAACAAUGACAUUAUGUGGAAAUCAGAAAUAGCCGAUAGGAUGUUAGUAAAUAGGUAUUGAUAAAAAAAAAAAAAAAUCUCAAAUAAACAGUAGAAUUAUCAUUUUAAAGUUUAAACAUUUUGAAAUAUAGCUAACCGUGUCAAGAUUUUUCGACUAUUAUUUCCUAUUAAAUUCUAAUUAAUUUUUUUUUAUUUCAUGGAAAUUUCUUAUCCUGAUCAAACAUAGGGAUAUAGUUUUUAUCAGUAUUGUAAUAUGAUUUUCUUCGGAGUCCAAAAUGUGAAAAUCAAGGUCCAUGAACAAGUGUUUGUCGACAAGGCGACUGAAAACUGCUAUGGGCUACACUUUUAGAAAAAUCUUAGUGACCAUAUUUUAAAAUAUAAUGUAUAUAAUAAUAUUAUUUAUAUAAUAGAAAAAUAAGUAGAGAAGUAUAAAAAAAAAAAAAAAAAAAAAAAUACUAGUACAUAUAUUAAUCAGUUUUAUUUUAAAAUUAGUGAGCUGAAAUUGAAUCGUUUUCAUAAUCGGAAGAAGGACCGUGAAAUUAGCGGGAACUUGUAAAACACUAAUUCCCACUGUACCACAACAUUUUAGCGCCCAAUUAAUGCUUUCAGAAUGUACAAAAAAAAAAAAAAUAGUGCUUUAUCCUACCAUCGAUUAUCCACUAUUAUAAAAAUCUUCUGCUAAUUUUACGCUGCGGGAGCAUUGAUAGCACUAAUUCCCACUAUACCACCGCAUUUUAGCGCUCAAUCAAUGCUUUCAGAAUAUACAAAAAUACAAAUUUGUGUUCGCUUUAGACCCGGAGUUAUUGCUAUCGUUAAUUUUUAACUUAAGUCUUAGUUUUAUAAUUCUACAGUCAUUUGUCACGCUGACAAUAUUAAUGUUAUCAUAUAGAUAAUAUUUUAGUCUUAAUGGUUUUUUAUUAUCAUUUAAUUAUUUAUCUCCAUAAAUACACACACUGGACACACUUAGGACACUGUUCAAUAUUUUAAAUUAUGUAUAAAUGAUCGAGUUUUGGUUGACAAUCGGGUUAUCGUACCCACGUCCCACUAUGUAAAAAUGCUAUUUCCUUCAUGUAAGUCUAUUUGCAUAAUACCUUGUACAAUAUCUAUACUUAUACUAUGCAUCACCAACUUAUUAGAAUUAUACUUCGUAGUAUAAUAAUAGUACGUAGUACGUAAACUCAGACAUAUUGGACGAUAUUUUACAAAGUAGACGUACAAAUGGACAAUACUAUGCAACUUAAUAGUAUGACACGAGAACAUGUAUUAUCCCAAAUCCCUAAAGACGUAUGCACAAUAAUUGAAAACUGGCCAUCGUUAUUACACCAGUUGCCAUCUAAAAAAAAAAGAAGUAAAUAUUUGAAUCCAAACUCUGAGUGGUUGACAAUUGUUGACCGCUCCGAAUACGCGUUUUUAUAAAUCGAAAAAGUAUAAAUUAAAAUAUUACUCUAGUAUGGUAAAAAAAAAUUCCGUAUUUAAAACCAAUAUACGUAUAGUGUCGAUGAUAAAUAUCAUUUAAUAGCGGCUUCGGAAAAUGUUCUCGAAAUUCGGUAUCUGAAUUGCGUACAAUUUGCCCGGUCACACCGUAAACAAUAACAAUAAUACUAUUACGCGGUUGUUGUUGUUUUUUUUUUUUUUUUUCUCGUACUUAGCCGACGGGUACAACAGAUCGGAGGGAUGUGUCGUGCUGUUCCUCCCUCCAAAGAGCGUCCGACGCUAAACGCUCUUACGGCACGCUGUUGAACGUAAAAUCGACGGUGUUCGGCGAUCGCCAGGGUCCAUUGAUUAACCGCGAUCGGAGACGAUUUCAAAUCGCUGCUGUCGGACGGCUACAGAGAGGCCGGCGUCGAUCCGGCCACGGUAGAGUACGUCGAAGCUUACGGGUCGGGCAUUAA